GCAACUACUCGCAGCGCCAUCUGUUUCCUGCGGAUAAACGUGCUUUGGUCAUCAAAAACAGGACAAAAGUAGAUUCUGACAAUUUUAUAUUUUGGGCAUUUAAAAAGAAGUUGCACAGAAGAUUAAACAUGUGAAUAUAUACGUAUUACAGGGAGUUGGGGCUGGAGCUGAUACUGUUCAUCCAGAAAAGCAAUUUGUUUCAGCCGAGGGAACAGAGUGUCUAAUAUUUCUGCCAUCAACAUGAGUGACAUUCAAGAAUACCCAGAUGUUGUCCAGGAAUUCAGGGGACAUCUUAACCCUGGGCGUCUGAAGCUGCAGAGCAACAGCGUGAUCUUCAAGAACACCAAGACUGGCAAGGUGGACCAGUACCAGAGCAAUGACAUCACAAAGGCGCAGUGGCUGAAGAGGGCACGUGGCUAUUGCCUCAAGUUCAAGCUUAACAACGAUACAAUCCACAGAUACGAUGGCUUCAAAGAAACGGAUUUCGAGAAGCUGUCAGGAUUUGUGUCCAACUUCUAUGAGACUUCAUUGGAGAAAGUGGAUGUCUCGUUGAAAGGCUGGAACUACGGUAUCGCCCAUUUUCAAGGUAACGCACUGACUUUUGAAGUGGACAAGUCCAUGUCUUUUGAGGUCCCCCUGACAAAUGUAUCUCACUCAACAACAGCAAAGAAUGAGGUGACCUUGGAAUUUCACUUGAAUGAUGACGCUGCCGUCUCGCUUACGGAGAUGCGUUUCCACAUACCUGCUGACAACAGGGACGCCGAGAAUGAUCCUGUACAGGAAUUCUACAAGAAUGUUUUGGAGAGUGCGGACAUCAUCCAGGCAACUGGCGAAUCCAUCGUCACGCUACAGGAGAUCCAGUGUCUCACACCAAGAGGUCGUUAUGACCUGAAGAUGUACCCUACAUUUCUGCAGUUGCAUGGUAAAACAUUUGACUACAAGAUCCCCUAUACCACAGUGCUGCGUCUCUUCCUGCUGCCCCACAAGGACGGCAGACAGAUGUUCUUUGUGGUGAGCCUCGACCCACCCAUCAAGCAGGGGCAGACACGGUACCACUUCCUCAUUCUCCUCUUCAACAAGGAUGACGAGAUGUCGGCCGAACUGAACCUGACUGAUGAGGACAUUGAGAAGAAGUAUGAUGGCAAGUUGACCAGGGAGAUGUCUGGACCGGAUUACGAAGUGGUCAGCAGAAUAUUCAAGGCCAUCACAACGAGCAAAAUCACUGUGCCAGGAGGAUUUGUCGGCCACUCCGGAACUCAGGCAAUCAGUUGUUCCUACAAGGCAGCCACGGGGCUGUUGUACCCACUAGAGAGAGGCUUCAUCUUUGUCCACAAACCUCCCAUUCACAUCAGGUUUGAUGAGAUUGCAGCUGUCAAUUUUGCUCGAAGUUCCGGCAAUACCAGGUCAUUUGACUUUGAUGUGGAAUCCAAGUCAGGAACCGUUUACAACUUUGUCGGUCUUGAAAAAGACGAGUAUGGGAAACUCUACGACUUUGUCGCUCAGAAGAAACUGCGAGUGAAGAACAUUGGUGGAAAAGGGAAAAAACGAACCCAGGAUGAUGAUGAUGACGUUUGGGGCAGUGGUGAUGAGGGUGGUGAACACGAUGCCUACCUGGAGCGUAUGAAGGAGGAGGGCAAGAAUCGCCAGGUGGAUGACGAGGAUGACGACAGUGACAGCUCAGACGAGUCCUACAACCCAGGUGGAAGUGGCAGCGAGGUAGCUGAAGAGUACGACAGUAACCCUCCCACGUCGUCGACGUCCGACUCCGACUAUUCAGCGGGGUCGGCCGGCAGUGGAGGAGACUCAGCUGCUGAAGCAAGGAGGGAGAAGAAGAAGGAGAAAAAGGAGAAGAAGGAGAAGAAGAAGUCCAAGUCUGCUAAGACAGUUAAGGAAGGAAGAAGGAAGAGGAAGAGCAAGAAAGACAGGGACCCCAACCGACCUAAACGGGCUCAGUCGGCAUACUUCCUGUGGCUCAACGAAAGCAGAGAGAGCAUCAAGACAGAAUUCCCAGGGCUGUCGAUCACUGAAUUGUCAAAGAAGGCUGGUGAGAUGUGGAGGGACAUGACAGACAAAUCUAAGUACGAGGCGCUGGCGGAGGAGGCGAAGAAAGAGUACCAGGCUGCCAUGGAGGAGUACAAGAAACAGAAGGAGGAAGAACCCAGCGCAGACGAGGACGACGACGAGGAUGGAGGUGGGGGAGGAAGUCCAAAGAAAGAGAGAAAGAAGAAGGUGAGCCCGAGCCCGAAGAAGUUGACGGAGAGUCGUGCCGGUGCGGGCAGCGACUACAAGAGCAAGGAGUUCAUCUCCAGUUCCUCCAGCUCGGAUGAGAACAAGCCACUCAAGAAGAAGGCCAAGAAGGAGGGCCGCAAGGAGAAGCGAGCGGAGAGCUCCCCCAAGGGGAGGAAGAGCAAGCGAGGGGCCAAAAGGAACUCCGGGAGCGAGAGUGAGGAAGCAGAGCUGCCUGAAGAUGAGGAGAUCCUCAGUUCACCCACAGCAUCUGAAGCAUCGGCUUCUGAGUCCGACUCAGACUAAAAAACGCUUGCCCGACACUUCAUCAGUUGGACCUGUCCGUCUGAGCAAUGCUUCGUGGGAGACGUAUCAGCCACGCAGCCAUCUGUAUAUAACUACUCAUCGUCAUUGCAUCACCAGAUAUUGUGACAGCCAGAAUCUACUUCAUGCUAUUAAAUGUUGUUUUCAGUGCUGCAUGUGUCCAUAAUGAAUAAUGUUGACUAAUGUGCCAGUUUUCUUGUAAAUGGUAAAUGAAGAAGGCCAUUUCUUAUCUAAGAACUCAAUAUUCAUUGUAAUUCACAUAAAGAGCAUUUGUCUGCUAUGUUCCUGUAUACUGAAGUUUGUAAAUAUGUGUGGUAAAUAUGCUGUCUAGUGAUGUAAAUAAAUGUAUGCCUUCUUA